GCGAGCGGGCGCGCAGCCUUUAGCGCCCGGAGCGCCAGCUGCCCUGAGUCCGAACUUCCGAUCCUGCAGGGACCCAGGGGCUACGGGCCGAGAGCUCGCCCACCUCUAGCGCGCGCGCGACCGGGCCGGCGUCCCCCGCCGAGCCUGACCUUGGGUCCAGACCCCUCGGGUUGGACCGCCGUACCCGGGAAGAGCCGACUUCGAGCUUCUUCUCUCUGCCUCCAAAGCAGGCGGCGCUCCCGAGAGGGCGGGCCGCGCCCUCCGGCCGCCCGGCGCUCCCCAUGCACCUGCCUGGCUGCGCCCCCGCCAUGGCCGAUGGCAGCUUCUCGCUCGCCGGCCACCUGCUCCGCAGCCCAGGGGGGAGCACCUCGCGGCUGCACAGCAUCGAAGCCAUCCUGGGAUUUACCAAGGACGACGGCAUCCUCGGCUCGUUCCCGGCGGAGCGGGGCGCCCGGGGCGCGAAGGAGCGGGAUCGGAGGCCGGGCGCGCGGGCCGCCUGCCCCAAGGCGCCCGGGGGAGGCGCUGAGCCCUCCCCGCCGCCCGCCCCGGCGCCCGCUCCCGAGUACGAAGCCCCUCGCCCCUACUGCCCCAAGGAGCCCGGGGAGACGCGGCCGAGCCCGGGGCUGCCUCUCGGGCCCGCCGCGGGCGAAGCGAAGCUGUCGGAGGAGGAGCAGCCCAAGAAGAAGCACCGGCGGAACCGCACGACCUUCACCACGUACCAGCUGCACGAGCUGGAGCGCGCGUUCGAGAAGUCCCACUACCCCGACGUGUACAGUCGGGAGGAGCUGGCCGGCAAGGUCAACCUGCCCGAAGUCCGCGUCCAGGUGUGGUUCCAGAACCGACGGGCCAAGUGGCGGCGGCAGGAGAAGCUGGAAGUGUCGUCCAUGAAGCUGCAGGACUCGCCCCUCCUCUCCUUCAGCCGCUCUCCGCCCUCGGUGGCUCUGGCGCCCCUCGGGGCGGGCCCGGGCGGCGCCGGAGGGACUCCGGGGGGCGCCCUGCCGCUGGAGUCGUGGCUCGGGCCGCCGCUGCCGGGAGGGGGCGCCACGGCGCUGCAGAGCCUGCCGGGCUUCGGGCCGCCGGCGCAGAGCCUGCCCGCCAGCUACACGCCGCCGCCGCCGCCCUUCCUGAACUCUCCGCCGCUGGGCCCCGGCCUGCAGCCUCUCGGGCCGCCGCCGCCCGCCUACCCGUGCGGACCCGGCUUCGGGGACAAGUUCCCGCUGGACGAGGCGGACCCGCGCAACAGCAGCAUCGCCGCGCUGCGCCUCAAGGCCAAGGAGCACAUCCAGGCCAUCGGGAAGCCGUGGCAGGCCCUCUAGGGGCACCGGGGACCAAAUCGGGCCAGAGGACCGUCCCAGGAGGCGAAUCCGAGCCGCACGCGCGCAUCCCUUCUCCCUGGGUCCCCCCACUCGGCCACUCUUUCCCUGUGCC